AUGGAUGAGACGAGGAUGCGGGAGCGCGCGCCACUCACCGUGAUCGUGGCCCCGAGCCAUGCGUCGCCGCCACGGCUCUCGCCCGACCUGCUGCCCGACGGCGAUGCCGCCUUCCACCCGCUGGCGGCAGUCAACGGCCGCCUUACACCGCCGGGCCUCGAGCCGGCCUCCUACGCCACGCUCACGCCGUUGCUGCCCUUACCCCCUAUUAGUACAGUCUCCGAUAAGUUUGCCUAUCACGCUGGUGGCACCUUCACGGUCAUCCAGCACCAGCAAUCGUAUUCCUCGCUCUCCCCAAAUGCGUACAAUGAGCCGCUAUCCCCUCAGUCAGCGUACAGUAGGCGGAGCGUGUCACCCGGCUCGUACGAGCGAAGGUCGCCAACGCCGCCACUCCCGAGCCCCGGCCUCGACCUCAACGCGGCGCUGUUGGCGAGAGAGGAGCAAGCACAGCAGCAAGUACAAGUCCACGACACAGAGGAGAUUAACACUAAGGAGCUCGCACAGAGGAUAAGUGGGGAGUUGAAGCGGUACUCGAUUCCUCAAGCAAUCUUCGCGCAGAGGGUACUUUGCAGAUCGCAGGGGACUCUCAGCGACCUGCUGAGGAACCCCAAGCCCUGGUCCAAGCUAAAAUCAGGGCGGGAGACAUUCAGGCGAAUGUGGAAGUGGCUGCAGGAGCCGGAGUUCCAGCGGAUGUCGGCGCUGCGGCUCGCAGCGGCCCAGAUUCCUCAGAGAGGCAGCUGCAAGCGCAAGGAGGAAAUGGCUUCGGAUACCAUGCCUUCCCCGAAGAAGCCGCGUUUGGUUUUCACAGACCUCCAGCGGCGUACUCUACAGGCUAUUUUUAAGGAAACAAAGAGGCCGUCAAAAGAAAUGCAAGUAACGAUAGCGCGGCAACUUGGCUUAGAGCCGACGACAGUCGGAAAUUUCUUCAUGAACGCGCGUCGACGUUCUAUGGACAAAUGGAAAGAUGAUGACGCGCCAUCUACCGAGUUGGACCAGCAAUGCGAGAGUCAUGAUUUAGACCACGUGCCUAGUCUUGAUUCUGCUGACUCUGAGGAGGACCACGACGAUCCCGACGACCAUCUCUUGUGACGCCGUAUACCCCAGCACCAUUUAUUGGUGCUUUGAAGGAAGUAAACAAAGAGUUGUAUUUUCCUAAUGCUGGCUAGUAGAAAAAUGUUGGGAUUUUGAUAAAAUUAACAAUAUUAAAAAUAUUUUAAAAUACACACCUACUAAAGAUACAUAGAA